AUGAUUUGUUUUAGCUCACAAAAUGAAACAGCAUUAACUACACUAGCCAGAGUAGGAUGCAGAAUUGCUAUGAGCUUUGCAUUUUCUUCCCUUCGAAGAGCUUGGAGAUUUGGUGAAGAUAAAGAUUUGUGUAAUGAAUUACUGAUGGAAUCUCUUUUAGCUUUACGAACUCUCCCUCCUGCAACUUUAUUUGACACAGCUUCAGUCUCAUCUGUAUGGUUGGAAACUGUUGAAAGAGCUUCAAAGUUUUUGCGAUCCGUUGUGCUUGAAGACUUUAGUGGUGGUGUUCAUAUACCAGUUGAAGAAAAGCAGCUAUCUUUAGCAAUUUUACUUGAAGUAGCUGUUCAACAUGCAAAUUUGCAUUAUAUAUUAGAUGCUGUCCUGUUAUUAAUGAAAUUAUGGAAAAGUCAGCAUAGCAUCACUGAUAAUAGGGUUAGUGAGUUUGGUACACAUGCUCCUUUAGUUCCAGUAUUAAAAAGAGUGGAAUCAAUUUUAAACUACAAGUUAAAGCCAAUAGAUAUUGGAGAGGACAUUGAAAGUUCACGGCUGCAUGUGAGUCCAACAGAGUUAUUUUUACAUUACAAUCCCAUUCCUGAUAGAGAUGAUGAUCUUGUGGACAUGCAGGAAGGGGCUGUUUGUAUUUUAUCUCAUUUGGAUCAGUACUGCUCUACAUAUUCCCCCCUUCAAGAAUAUGGGGUUCCUACAUUUAUCAAUGAGUUUGCUGGCAUAAAAGUUGUUCAGGUAGCUUCUAUUGUUUUUGGAAGACACUAUUUUGUAUUAACGCAUGAUGGAGAAGUUUAUUCUUGGGGAUGUGGAGAUAGAGGUAGACUUGGUCAUGGAGAUGAAAAGACAAUUGCUCUUCCUACAAAGAUACAAGACCUUACUGGCAUUUUUGUAAGACGCGUUAUUUGUGGUUGUGCUUAUGGUGGUGCAAUUACAUCUUCAGGGGAUUUAUAUACAUGGGGAGCUGGAGGAAGAUACAUCUUAGGCCAUGGCCAUGAAGAAAUGUGUCUUCGACCAACAUUGGUAUCUGCUCUCAAAGAUUCAAACAUUGUUGACAUGGCUUUUGGAAGAUCCAGUCAAUCAUUAGCUGUGAAUGAUUUAGGUGUUGUCUUUGCAUGGGGUGAUGAAGAUGACAGUAAAAAUGUAAGAAAUGUUCCAGAUGAAAAAAAGACUCCAAAAGUGUUGGAUAAACUUCUUGGAAUAUUCAUCAUUAAAGUUUAUACAGGCUUUAACUUGAAUGCUGCAAUUUCUCAAGAUGGCUCAUUGUUUACAUGGGGACGAGGUGGUCGAUAUUAUUCAGGUCAUCAAAGUGAAGAAUAUUUGAAGCAUCCAAAACUUGUUGAAAGUUUAUCUGGUUUGAAAGUAAUAGAUUUAUCUGUUGGACUGCAUCAUUGUGCUGUUGUAACAGAAGAAGGUGAUAUAUACGGUUGGGGGAAAAAUGAUCAAGGGGAACUUGGACCUUAUUCAGGUCCAACUCCAGGUAUUGUAGCAUCUUUCAAAGGGAAAAAAGUUGGAGUUUCCUGUGGUCACUCAACAACAGUUAUAUGGGUCAGCUCAGAGCCAGCAAAUAUUCCAUAUCAAGUCCCAUACAUUAUAGAUGUUUGCCCUACUACAUUUUGUCUUUUGGAUGAGCUAUUGAAAAUUAUAUUUGAUGGUCCUGAUGGUAGUUUAAUCUUAAGUUUUACUUCUGAAAAAGAGUGCAUUGCAGUUGCUUGCUUAAAUUUGCUCAGAUUACAACUUACUGCUGCUAAAGCAAACAAGAUCCAAAGUACUGAUUUGGUGAAGCUAUAUAAUUUGAAGCAGAAAGUUAUUGAUCUAGCUGUGACACCUGGUGUAAUUCCAUCAAUUAAAACAGCAGCACAGAAUGUUUUGAGAGCUGGGUGGAUUUUAUUGUUGCCCACUGCUGAUGAACGAGCCACCACUCUUUCACGAUUUUUGUCAGGUAUUCAAAGUAGUGUAGACAAUUCAGGAUUCCAUUUUAUGACAGAACUGUUAGUUGAAAGCCUAAUGACUGAUGAAGGCUUAGAGUCUGCUCUUUUAACUGCUGUUAGUGAAGAAAUGGAAGAAAUUGAAUAUGUUAUAAAAGCAAGUAUUCAAAUCUUUUCUUACCGAAGGUUGCUGAACAAACAGCAAGUUGGCUUGCCUGAACGAAGACAACGCGUCAAGGCUGUGCAAGAAGUGAGAGUAUGUUUUCUUGUUGAAUUUUCCUCCAAGGCUCUUGUGGAGGAUAGCAAGAAUACCUCUCAGAGAGUGAUGAAGCUUUCAGAAGAUGCUUGCACAGCAAGUAAAAGAAAUGAGAAAACCGAAAAGUGCCAGAAAUCAGCCUCUCUCAAAUUGCUGCAAAAAUUUCAGAGACUUCUAAUCUUAGAAUUUUAUUUUGCUGGAGCAUGUAGUGCUACAUCUUGUAAAGAAAAAAUCAUGAUGCUAUGUAAUUUCAUUUUAGGAAUAUUGCUGCCUGAAUUAUUAGUAUGUGUUUUGCAGUUAGAAAUUCUGUACCCUGGUCUGAUUAGUGAAUCUUCUUUAACGCCUCUUCUUUCUGAGUUGCUUGAUUGCAUAGACAAAUUUAAUCGUCUUGUACCAGAAAUAGAUAAAGAAGAUUCUGCAGAUUUGCUGUGGCAUGCAAAUGCUAAAAAAUCAUCUGCAUUAGGUCAGUCAUGGGAAGAAACUCCUUUAAUUUUCAGAGCUGAUUUAGAAAAUCACAAAAGGGAAGGCAAUGUGUGGACCAUAAUUCAUGGCAAAGUAUAUGAUAUAAAAGAUAUUAAAAAGAAAACAUUUUGUGGAAUCACUAAUGUUGAAGAAUACUCAGGGAAAGAUGCAACCAAUGCAUUCGAAAUGGUAAAGCAUACAGAAGAUGCUAGGAAGUACCUUGAAACCCUUUUUAUUGGACAUUAUCAGGAACCAAAUGAAGUCACUUACAAUACUGAUGAAAGUAUUUACACAUCUGUUAUCAUAGAUGCUGAGAGAACAUUAGCAUACCUCCUUGGUUUAAGUACUCGUAAUCAAGUCAUUGGUCCAGAUUUGAAUGCAACAGAAAUAACAUAUUCUCGUUGGUUAUCUUCAUCUGUAUUUCAUGGUGGACUACAGGUUUCUCACCCUCCAAAUCCAUUUGAUGAGGAAAAAGGUGAAGCUCGUAGUACAUCAUCUACUGCAUCUCCAGAAAAUCGGUUUAACGAUUAUCUUUCAAUGAAGUUUGGCAAUUUAGUCUUAGCCUAUUUCAAAGAAAAUAAAGCAACAUAUCUGAACUUCCCUUCUGAGCAUCCUGUUGAAGAAAUUGGGUGGCUUCUGAUUGCACUACUGAUUAAACAUUUAAGUCUUGAAAGUUUCUGCAUUUCACUUGUAGAACAAAAUAAUUCCUCUAUGCCUUCUUCUCUUGAGACAAUUUUACAAAUCGUGCAGCAAGCAAAAUGCCGUUUGAUAAAGGCUCGUCAGGACAUUAAUACAUCAUAUAAGGAAGUGUGCAGCCCUGUUUUUGAAAGAUGUAGGUUUCUUUUCUAUGAGGUUCGACCUUCUGUAAGCCCUGAGGUUUCAGCCUUAUCAAAUAUGAAAUUUUGCUGCCCUAAUCCAAAGUGGAAAGAUGCUGUUCGAAAACUUAUAAAGAAUCACAGACUUUCUAGAAUCCCUAAGGAGAAAGUUGAUCCAAGCAUUGUUGAGCGAGACAAGAAUAUUGAAAACUAUGACUUUCAUAUAGAAUCCAGGAGUUUGUAUCAAAGCUUUGAAGUGAAUAUCUCAGAAUUGGAAAAACUGGCCAAUGAAAUAGUUUCAUUUGUUCUUGAUCCUGAAGUUGAUGUAGAUUCUCUGAGAAAAGCUUUAUACUUUCAGGUUGAAAGAGCAAAAGUUAGACGAAAAGGAUACCAAUCAUUGUUGUCUUUAGUUCUGAAAAACCACCUCACUCAAUCUGUGAAAUACUGCAUGCUAGGUGGAUGGCUUUCUCUCCUAGAACUUGGGUAUGAUAAAAAGUACAUGCCCCAUUGCUUGGAUAACAUAAAUGUUAUUCCUCCUUAUGACCGAGCCACUUUGGAAGUGCAGUAUUCUACUUUCUUAACAUGGGUAAUAUCUGAACUCCGUUUAAGUGUGCUUAAAGUUGAUGCUUUACAUUCUCAAUUACUAACAAAAAGUCAAGAAACUGAUGGAAAUAAAGCAAAAUAUGCUUCAGUAGAUGCAAAAGAUAUGCAUAUUGACAAUUUGAAAUAUAUAGCUGAGAUUCUUCCACUGGCUCCUUUUCCCCUGAUAUAUAUUGGUUUGUUGUUUGGGGAGCACCAUGCACAUGAAGUGGGUCUCAUAUCAAGUUCUGGAGUCUUAGCUUUGAUGCAGACAAUUCUACGCAUUUUAGGCUUCAAUAAAAAUACUUCACAGGAAGAUAAAAAUUCUGCUACCUAUGCAGUUUUGGAAGAAAAUUUUAAGAAACUGAAAGAUCAUAGUUCUUUAAGUGGUCCUGAAUUAGCAGCUGCUAUGAAAAUUGGAACUAGAGUUGUGAAAGGAAGUGAUUGGAAAUGGGAUGAUCAGGAUGGUCCCCCACCUGGAGAAGGCACUGUUAUUAAUGAAUUAGGUGAGGAUGGCUGGAUAAGAGUGUUAUGGGAUACAGGAUCUACAAAUUCUUAUAGGAUGGGAAAAGAAGAAAAGUAUGAUUUAAAACUCGCAAAUCCACUGCCAUUGCCUUUGCAAGAGUCCUUAAGUGAUUCAGAUGAUGAAGAUGAUUUAAUAAACUGUGAGCGAACUCGCAUUCGUGAACCAUCCAAGCUACUUCAUAAUUCAUGCAUUCAUCUGCUAAGACUUUUAUCCCUUUAUACUUCUUUAUAUGCAGACAAAAUUCCUAAACAAUCUGUAAUUACCUUAUCUGGCCUUCUGAGAUAUAUUUUAGAUGCUGUAUAUAGUCAGAAUCAAGCUUUGUACACAUGUAAAAUUGUACUUUGUAGUGAAGAAGAUGCUCCAUGUAAGCAAACUUGUAAUGCACAGGUUCACUGUCUUUGCAAUUGCAAUGCAAAAGUAAGGCUCCCACAAAAAGAACUACUUUGGAUCAAAGCCCAGAGGGAAAAAGUAGGUCCUGUUUCGUCAAUGCAAGAGUCCGGCCUGGAUUCACAAGAGACGGCUAAGCUUAGAAAAAAUAGUCUACGUAAGUCAAUCGACGAAUCACGUCUAGAGCGACAACGAGAAGCAACUUCAAAAUCAAAGCAAGAGGCGGCUACUAUCAUUGACCCUACAACUCUUGCGUUUGAGGCUGAUGAUCCGAAAGAUGACAUGGAAGUUGAUUGUUCGAAUGAAGAAAUAAUCGGCAGUAGUGAAAAUGACUCAGUGCGAGAAAAAUCAGGAACUUACCUUAAACGAAACUAUCUUGAUAUUAGUAAUGCGGCCGCUGCUUCGGUCAGAUCUUUCUGCUGGCUUCACAUCAAUGAGCUGCCAUUGCGUCAUAUAGUCGCAAAACUUGACGGACCAACUUCCUCAGAAAAGGGCUGGAUAGGUACUAUAGGCAAACUCUUUUCCCAAGUUGAGUUUCUUGAGAAAAAAACAGACUUUGAGCCUAUUCCGUUUUUGGAGCCCCUUGUUAAUAUUGAUGAAAUUGCUGCAAGCCAAAUGAGCACUGACAGCCAAGUAGCAUAUAAGUAUCUUCACGCAAUUGAAAAAGGGGAGCUGAUCCAAGCUCUAAGACUUUUAAGAACAGUCCUGUCAUCUUGGGAUCGUCGCUAUUCAAACAUGAGAAAAAUCAACAUUGUUCAACAGUUAUUUGAAAUGCUUGGCAGCGUUCUUUUGUCUUGUGCUAAUGAUCCGACAUUGGAACCCAUUGAGUUCCCACACAAGGAAAGAUGGGCAAUGCGUCCACAAGCAUCAUUGACUGCAUCUCAUUGCAGCACUGUUGCAGAAGAAUAUAUCAGUGUUUUGAGACAUUUGGAGAGUUUACCCACUUGGAAAUCUGUAAUUGGGUCAAUCUGUUUUAAUCAACUUAAACUCAUAAAGGAGAAACUUGCUCCAUUUACUGAUAUGAAUGAUUUUAUGAUGGGGAAGAAUCUUGGAACAAAUAUUGCAGUACUAGCUACUCUUGGAGGAGUUGAUAGCAGAAUUCGUUUAGGUGGCAUGGUAUCUGACGAAGAUUCAAAUCUUGGUGCUGUUGAAAAAAUUUAUCCAUGGGGGAGAAUUCAUGUUUAUUUCCAGGAUACCAAAAUGAUUGGAUACUGCUACCUAAGUGAAGUGACCCCUAAAAUAAUGUUAUGUCCUUAUCAUCAGACAUUUUCAUCAAAUGAUAUGACAAGCUCAAAAGAAUCUGAUCAAACAAAUGAUAUAUUGUUGCUUCAAUACUUAAUGGCUGCUGCUAGUCAACCUUCUCCACUAAAAUCUACUUUUUCCUGGGAGGAAAUAGAGACUGCUGCAUUAGCUUUAUCUCAGUACCUGAUGUCAGUGUCCACAAGACCAGCAGCCUCCUUUGCAAAUGACUCUCAAAGCCCGUGCAAUGAACCUGGGAAUAGUGUCACUAGCCAAGAAGCAAGGAAAACACCUCCAAUAGCUAGCUCAACUACAAAGCAGAAACGAAUGCGAAUGAAGUCUUCUAUGUGUGCUGGGCCUGAAUCACAAGAAAUACAAAUUUUUACAGAGAUGGGAUUUUCAAGACGACAUAUCGAACUGGCUUUUAAUUCACUGGAUCCAUGUGCAGAUCUAUCUACUAAAUUAGAUGCAAUGGUCAGCUGGCUUAUAGAGCAUGGAAAUCAAAAUCUUAAUUUAUCAGAUGAUGAUAGUUCUACAUCUUUUGAGGCAUAUUCAGAAUCAGAUUCACUUUCUGAUGACGAAACUGAUGUAUUAAAAUGUGAUAACAAUUAUCAAACAAGAAGUGAUUUUACUAGCAGCUAUGAGUAUACAAAUUAUGUUUUUGAUAACAUUCGUGUUGGAAGUUGGGUUCGCUGUUGGACCCCGUAUGAAGAUCUGCAAGAAGGAGACAUAGGGAAAGUUGUCGGCUUUGCACAUGACUCACAAAGUGUAGUUGCUCUGGUUGAAUGGCAGCGUAUUGGAAGGAUAUAUCAAAUGAAGUAUUUGCAGUUAGAAUUAAUUCCUCCUCCAGCACAAUAUGAACAUAGCACAAUGUUUCCUCAAUGCUCAUUUGAAGUUGGUGAUAGAGUUCAUGUCAAAAUUUCAGUGAAAACACCAUUUUAUAAAUGGGGUAGAAUAUCACACGAUUCAGUUGGAAUUAUUAGAGCUAUUAAAUCUGAAAGAAAAAAGUUGAUCAUAGAUUUUCCUGCUCAACGAGGUUGGAAAGCAUUAACUUCAGAAGUGGAAAAAGUUCCUGAGUCCUACAAUGAGAAUCUACUGUGCCUGGGAUGUCACAAAAAAGCUUCACGUAUUCAAAAACCUAUAUACAGAUGUAGAAUCUGCCCCAAUUUCAUAUUUUGUGCAAAAUGCUACAACUAUGGCCAUGUCCAUAUGCAUCCAAUGUAUUGUGCUAAAGAAUUAGAUUCAUGUCAUACAAAGUCAAAUACAGGUUUCAUUCAUGAUUGGAAAAAGUGUGUUAAGUCUGUAUGUGUAUCUUCAAGGUUAGAUCUUGCUUACAGACUGACCGAUGGAUCAAAUGAAUGUUGGCAAAGUAAUGGGUCUCAAGGAAAGCAUUGGAUACGCUUAGAAAUGCAACCAGACAUUUUAAUUCAUCAUUUACAUAUGACAGUUGAUCCUUCCGUUUCAAGUUACAUGCCUUCUCUAGUAGUAGUGAGUGGUGGUCCAUCAUUAUCAACUUUGAAGAAUUUGCGAACUAUUGUGCUUGGUCCUAAUGAUUCUGUUGUGCAACUUCUUUGUGAACAAACUGAGUUUUAUCAACAUAUUGAGAUUGCUAUAAAGAAGUGCCUAAGUGGUGGCAUUAACUGCAAAAUUCAUGGCUUAAAUGUUGUUGGUCGGCGUAAAGCUGAUGAAGAUAAAAGGAUCAAAUUUACCUACUUAGCUUCAGAUAUUGAUGUGGAAUAUCGCAGUGAAGCAUCUUACAACCCAAAAAGCAAUAACAAUGAGCUUCAGAAAGACCUUGAAACAAAAGUGUAUGUAUGGGGCUUAAAUGAUAAAGACCAGUUAGGUGGAUUACGAGGUUCUAAGGUGAAACUGCCUGCUUUUUCAGAAAAUCUGUCAGUUUUGAAACCUGUGGCAAUAUCUGGAGGAUCAAAAAGUUUAUUUAUAAUUUCACAAGACGGCAAGGUAUUUGCAUGUGGGGAAGGAACUAAUGGCAGACUUGGCUUGGGGCAUUCCAAUAAUGUUUCUGUUCCUCGACAGAUGACAUCUCUUUGCCAUUUUGUUGUACGAAAAGUUGCUGUCCAUUCAGGUGGUCGUCAUGCUUUAGUGCUUACCGCAGAUGGCAAAGUAUUUUCUUUCGGUGAGGGAGAUGAUGGAAAACUGGGUCAUGGAAAUAAAGUGAGUUAUGAAAGACCGCGACUCAUUUUGGCUCUGAAAUCAAAACGAAUUCGUGAUGUAGCAUGUGGUAGUGCUCAUAGUGCUGCUAUAAGUUCGUGUGGAGAACUUUUUACCUGGGGCCUUGGAGAUUAUGGACGAUUAGGUCAUGGUGAUUUAAUAACUCAAACUGUUCCAAAAAUGGUUGAAGGACUUUCUGAAAAGAGAGUUAAGCAAGUUUCUUGUGGAAGUAGAGAUGCUCAGACUUUAGCUCUUACUGAAGAUGAGAUGGUAUAUUCUUGGGGGGAUGGUGAUUUCGGAAAGUUAGGGCGUGGUGGUUCUGAUGGUUGUAGAAAACCAGAAAAUAUUGAAUCUCUUAAUUCAUUGGGUGUUGUUCAAGUUGAAUGUGGUGCUCAGUUCUCUUUAGCGCUAACUUCAUCUGGUCAAGUAUGGACUUGGGGAAAAGGAGAUUAUUUUCGAUUAGGUCAUGGUGAUGAAAAUCAUGUUAGAAGACCCCGUCUUGUUGAGAGUUUAAGAAAUAAAAAAAUAGUCCAUGUGGCUGUUGGAGCAUUACAUUGUUUAGCUGUUUCUGAUAAUGGCCAGGUGUUUGCUUGGGGAGACAAUGAUCAUGGCCAACAAGCUAAUGGAACAACAACUGUUAAUCGUAAACCAACUCUUGUUCAGGGUCUAGAUGAUGUUAAAAUUACACGUGUUGCUUGUGGAUCAUCGCACAGUGUUGCAUGGACAACUGUCAAAGUUCAGAGCAAUAAAAGACAUGAUCCAGUGCUUUUUCAAAUUCCUCGUGACCCACUUGGUGCUCUGUCAUUAAGAAAGAAUGAUUCUACUUUGCAAUAUGAGGUAGAUUCUGCCAAUAACAGCAAUGUUCUUGCUUCCAAUUUUCCUCAAGUUCCAAGACCAACUUUAACAAAAGUUGUCAUGUCAUUAAACUCUGAUAAUGAAAGACAGCAAGCUCUACAAAGCAUUAUUCAUGCAAUGCAGAUUCAUCUAGCAAGAAAGGCAGUUGUCUCUGUAUUUUUGCCUCAUUCUGAAUUACCAGAAGCUGAAACCAAUCAAGAAAAAUCUAGUCCUGUAAAAUCAGAUGUUGCAUCAUUACUUCCAGAAAUAAUGAAAACAAGUUUUUCUAAUAGCUUGAAAUCUGCUACAAAUCUCUCCAAAAAAGGGACUCCUAGUGAAGAUGAAAACUGUCCAUCCAAAGAUUUUUUCUUCAUAAACUCCUUGUCAAGCUCAGGAAGUCUUUCUUCCAAAGUUUCUCCUACUGCAGCAAGUGUCUUAGCUGCAACAUUUUCCUCUUGUGAGCAGGUCUGCUCAGAAGCUACUGAGCCAGAUUCAGAUGUGGAUGAGUUUAUUGGUUGUUUGGCUCCAGAUGAUGCUCGAGUUUUUGUUGAUCUCCUAAAAUUGGCUGUUGCAGGCAGAAUGAGUGAGAAAGCAAAAGAUAUUAUAUCGACAGUUUUGCUAAAUAUGAGUAGAAUCAAUCCAGAAGUUGCAAAAAUGAUCCUUGAACUUUGUGUCACAGAACUAGAAGAUGUUGCUGCUGACGUUUCUUCUCGACGAAACAUACCAUUGCCUGUUAUUCAAGAGACUCCCCAUCCUUAUCCUGAUAAUGCUAAUUUAAGUGAUUUUGUACGAAUACCAGGUGCUGUUUACCUAAGGGUAGAAUUUGAUCGUCAGUGUUCAACAGAAAGAAGACAUGACCCAUUGACUAUUUUAGAUGGCUCAGGGAGAAUUGUUGCCAUUAGAUCAGGCCGAGAAUGGCAAGAAUGGUCGUCUGAUCUUCAUAUAACUGGAAAUGAAUUGAGAUGGAAAUUUGUUAGUGAUAAUUCUGUGAAUGGCUGGGGUUGGAAGUUUACUGUUUAUCCAGUUAUGCCACAAUGUCCUGACAAAGAGUUAUCAGACAGAUCUGUUUUAUCUGGUCCAUCAAUUGAGCUUGUUAUGUCCCUUCUUGAAAAACAAAUUAAUUUUUCUCAUGAUGUAAAAGCAUUAUCUCGACUUGCAACAGCACUGGCAUCUUGUGCUCAGAAUGGAUCACUUGGUCCUGUUUAUAGAAUGUGGGCAUUAAAUAAACUUCGGCAAUUAAAUUCCUCUGUACUUGAAGAUGAAUUAAGAAUUACUGGUGUGACUGCAGACUCUCCAAGUAUUAGUUUACCUUCUGAAAUACAGCCUGUUUCGGGUUCUGCUCUGUUUAAUUUAAUAAGAGACCUUCCUGGGACUCUUCUGCGUCAGUAUGAAUAUGAAGAUGCUGUUCUCAGAGCUGGCAAGCACCUUAUGCACAGUGAUUUUUUUAAGGUCUUGGUUGCACUAGCUUGUGAUCUUGGAAUUGAUAGCUUACCAUCUUGUAAUGAGAGUCAUAAGUGGCUAUGGUUCAAAAGAUAUUGUAUUGCAUCUCGAGUUUCUGCAUCUUUAAUUCAAAGAACUCCUCUUCCAUUUGCAUUUUGUAAAAAAAUCCAAGCAAAGAUUUGGGAAAUGUGCUCAGAAGAUGAAAAGGUUACAGAUGAACAUGAAAAUCAUAAUCUAUUUAAACAAGAGCAUGAUGAACAACUCAUUUUAUGGAUAAAUAGGAAACCUGAGGAAUGGGCUGUCUCCUGGGCUGGAAGUGGAACAAUAUAUGGAUGGGGUCAUAACCAUAGAGGUCAGCUUGGGGGUGUGGAAGGAGCUAAAGUAAAACUGCCUAGUCCGUGUGAAGCUAUUACUAAUUUGAGACCCUUGCAAGUUGUUGGAGGCGAACAAACUUUAUUCAUUGUGACUUCAGAUAUGAAGGUAUUUGCAACUGGGUAUGGUGCAGGUGGUCGCCUAGGAAUUGGAGGAUGUGAUUCUGUUUCAACUCCCACAAUGAUAGAAAGUAUUCAAGACAUUGCAAUAAAAAAAGUUGCUGUAAAUUCUGGCGGAAAACAUUGUUUAGCUCUUACUAUUCAUGGAGAUGUUUAUUCUUGGGGAGAAGGAGACGACGGAAAACUUGGUCAUGGCUCAAAAAGCUCAUGUGACAAACCCAAACGAAUUGAAAGCAUUAAGGACCUUGAGGUUGUGGACAUUGCAUGUGGAGGAGCUCAUAGUGCUUGUAUUACAUCAUCUGGAGAGCUCUACACUUGGGGUAAAGGCCGAUAUGGGCGUUUAGGACAUGGAGAUAGUGAAGAUCAACUGAAACCAAAACGAGUAGAACUGCUGGUUAAUUAUAAUGUCACUGAUGUUGCAUGUGGCUCAGGUGAUGCACAGACAUUGUGCAUUACUGAUGAUGACUGUGUAUGGUCCUUUGGCGAUGGAGACUAUGGCAAACUUGGCCGAGGCGGUAGUGAUGGAUGUAAAAUCCCUGUGAAAAUUGAUACUCUUACUGGUGUUGGUGUCAUGAAAGUAGAAUGUGGAUCUCAAUUUUCUGUUGCUUUAACAAAAUCAGGAAGUGUUUAUACCUGGGGCAAAGGAGAUUAUCAUCGGUUAGGGCAUGGAACUGAUGAUCAUGUUCGAAGACCGAGAAAAGUGUCUGCUCUUCACAACAAACGAGUCAUUUCUAUUGCUGUGGGGUCUUUGCAUUGUGUUGUGUGUACAGAUUCAGGUGAAGUGUACACAUGGGGAGACAACGAUGAGGGCCAACUUGGCGAUGGCUCAACUAGUGCAAUUCAGAGACCAAAACUUGUACCGGCUCUUACAGGAAAAAAAAUUAACAAAGUUGCUUGUGGAUCAGCUCACACUGUUGCAUGGUCUACAUGUAAAACAAGCCAUACAGGAAGAUUGCCAACGGCUAUACCUUUGGAAUAUGAUCAUUUAAAAGACAUCAGUAUACCUGUUUUGCGCAAUCGUUACUGUUUACUUUAUCACUUUUCUGAAAUAUUUUGUUCUUCAAUAUCUAUGUUUGAUCUUGAUAAUGACAAUUUGAGAGGUCUUUUAGUAUCAUCAGGAAAGGAAGCAGCAUUCCGAAAGGUACUGCAAGCAACAAUGAUUAGAGACAGACAACAUGGACCAGUCAUUGAGCUUAACCGAAUGCAAGUGAAGAAGUCAAGAUCAAAAGGUGGUCUUGCUGGAGCAGAUGGUGCAAAAUCAGUUUUUGGGCAAAUGGUAUCGAAUAUGAGUAGUAUUUCGCAAGACAGCUUGCUUUUGCCUCAUCGAGUAUGGAAAGUGAAAUUUGUUGGUGAAUCUGUUGAUGACUGUGGUGGAGGUUAUAGUGAAUCAAUUGCUGAAAUGUGCGAUGAACUUCAGAACGGAUCUCUUCCACUUCUCAUGCAAACACCAAAUGGGCGUGAUGAUGCUGGUACUAGUAAGGAUUGCUUUCUGCUCAAUCCAACAGCCAAAUCUACUCUUCAUAUGGAUAUGUUCCGAUUUCUAGGUAUGUUGAUGGGUAUUGCUAUGAGAACUGGAAGUCCUUUAAGUUUGAAUUUGGCUGAACCAGUGUGGAAGCAGCUUACAGGAAUGGCUCUCACUUCAGCAGACUUGACUGAAGUUGACAAAGAUUAUGUCCCUGGUCUAGUCAGUAUUAGGUACAUGGAACCUGAAAAUAUAAAAAAAUUUGAUUUACCAUUCAGUACUCAUAACUCAGUUGGUUCCGAAGUUCCUCUCAGUUCCAAGUAUUCUUACAUCACACCAGAAAAUCGUCUUGAGUAUAUAAGACUUGCUUUGAAUUACAGAUUACACGAAUUCGACGAGCAAGUUGCUGCUGUUAGGGAUGGAAUGUCUAAAGUUGUUCCUGUGCCCCUUUUAUCCCUAUUUACUGGAAGUGAACUAGAGACUAUGGUGUGUGGAAGUCCUGAAAUUCCUAUUCAGUUGCUGAAAGCUGUAGCUACUUAUAAGGGAAUUGAGCCUGAUGCACCUUUAGUCAUAUGGUUUUGGGAAGUAAUGGAAGAGUUUAACAACACAGAAAGAUCAUUAUUCUUAAGAUUCGUAUGGGGUAGGACAAGACUUCCUCGUACCAUUGCUGACUUCAGAGGGAGAGACUUUGUACUACAGGUUAUGGAAAAGUACAAUCCCCCAGAUCAUUUCUUGCCAGAAAGUUACACCUGUUUCUUCUUGCUGAAAAUGCCAAAAUAUUCUUGUAAAUUUGUAUUAAGAGAAAAGUUAAAAUAUGCCAUACAUUUCUGCAAAUCCAUUGACACAGAUGAUUAUGCUCGAGUUGCUCUUGUUCAGUCUGAUCGAGAGCAUGGCUUAGGCUCUAGUCCAUACAUAGACAUAAGUGACAGUGAUGAUGAUAUGGAAAGUGGAGGAUCUGAUGACCCUAUUGCAGACUCUGUUUCUCUGACUUCUCAAUAGUAUGGAGCAAAGAGGAAUAAAUUAAAAUUGCAAUUUAAAAAAUCAAAAUGAAAAGUCUGAGGUGCAUUAAUAAUCAAAACUCCAAUUGUUACUCAACUCAUCGUUCAUC